AUGACCGAUAGUAACCUCUCCUGUACAGCUCAGCCAGUCAAUCUAUAAAAGGAACUCCGGGUUAAAAACCUUCGAGUUUUUUUUUCUCUUCUUCUCUCAGAGGCAGAGAGGGGGAGAUAUUGAGAAAACAUAUACACUCCGAACACAAGAAGGCAACCAGCAGAUCCUCAUUGUCCAGACUGAAGAACACAGCCGGGAGGGAUACAUUCAUUCGCUCUAUGCAUUUCUAACCGGGAGGACUUUAUUGCCAAAGAUCUGGCAACUCUUUUCAGCGAUCUUUCCUACUCAAUCCCGCUAAGGAAAGGGGCAAAGUUAAUGAGCAACCUCAAGUCCCUGCUGCUUCCACAACUUCUGCUACAGCUGCAGAGGUGAAGCAGUCAGAUCUCUCCAGGGCAAAGAUGACUUACUGCACACAACUAGGGCUGCUGCUAUGGAAGAAUUUCACAUAUAGAAGGAGACAGACACUGCAACUAGUUGUUGAAGUGGCUUGGCCUCUCUUCAUUUUCUUUAUCCUGAUAUCAGUACGGCUCUCUUACCCCCCAUAUGAGCAACAUGAAUGCCAUUUUCCAAAUAAGGCGAUGCCAUCAGCAGGAACCCUGCCGUGGGUUCAGGGCAUUAUUUGCAAUGCCAAUAAUCCAUGCUUUCGUUACCCAACCCCUGGAGAAUCACCAGGAGUUGUGGGAAAUUUUAAUAGAUCCAUUGUCUCCCGUCUGUUUACCGACGCAAGGAAAUUGCUGCUAUACAGUCACAAGGACACCAGUGUAAAGGAUAUGCACAAAUUUUUAGGAAAUCUACAUAACUACCGUGGUACAGGUUUAAAGCUUCGAGAUUGCUUAAUGGAUAAUGAAAAGUUUACAGAUUUUCUCCUUAAAAAUAUAAGCCUGCCUGCUGUUGCAGUUGAAGAGAUAAUGAAUGCUCACCUAAAACCAGAACAGGUUUUGGUGUCAGGCUUCCAGAUACAUCUGAAGGACCUCUGCAAUAGCACACGGCUAGCAGAAUAUGUAACAAUUCACAAUGAAGUGGUUGCGAAUCUUAGCCAAAAGAUAAUCUGUGCUCUUCCAGAAGAAAAGCUUAACCUGCUGGAACAGGAAUUCCGUUCCAAUGUUGACCUUCUAAAGCCCAUUACAAAAGAAUUCUCAUCCAAGUCUUUUCCAUUUUUGAAAGACAUCACAGAUAGCCUGUUGCACAGCCUGGCAGACCUUGCCAAAGAGGUCAUGACCAUGAAGAGUUGGGCAGAAAUGAGACAAGAGGUGAUGUUUCUAACCAGUGGCAAUGCCACAGCUUCACCAAGCACUUUAUACCAAGCGGUCUCACGUAUUGUGUGUGGCCACCCUGAAGGAGGAGGACUAAAGAUUAAGUCUCUCAACUGGUAUGAAGAUAAUAACUACAAGGCACUUUUUGGUGGAGGAGAAGGAGAUAAUAGCACUGAUGAAGACUCACAAGUUGCUUAUGACAACUCUACAACUCCAUAUUGCAAUGACCUGAUGCAGAACCUGGAAUCCAGCCCACUCUACAGGAUGAUCUGGAGAGCACUGAAGCCUUUGCUUGUUGGCAAAAUCCUUUAUACUCCCAGCACUCCAGCCACACAAAUGCUAAUGUCUGAGGUCAACAAAACGUUCCAAGAGUUGAGUGUUUUCCGGGAUCUUGGAGCAAUGUGGGAAGAGGUCCGACCACAGAUCAAGAACUUUAUGGAAAGCAGUCAGGAGAUGGACCUUAUCAGGACUCUCUUGACCAACAAAGGAAGUAAAACAUUCUUGGAUCAACAACUCAACUCAACAGGGUGGACAACUGAGAACAUAUCCAGGUUUCUAGCCAAAGAAACAGCAGAUGUGGAGACUGAAAAUGGGCCAUUUUAUUCUUGGAGAGAAGCUCUGAAUGAGACUGACCGUGUUGUCCUGACUUUGUCACGCUUCAUGGAGUGUGUCAACUUGGACAAGUUGGAACCUGUGGCUACUGAAGAAAUGCUCAUUGAUAAGUCAAUGGAACUUCUAAAUGAGAGGAAAUUCUGGGCUGGAAUUGUGUUUAUGGAUAUGCCUGAAGAAGAAACAGAGCUCCCACACCAUGUCAAAUAUAAGAUACGAAUGGAUAUAGAUAAUGUGGAGAGAACCAACAAGAUUAAGGAUGGGUACUGGGAUCCCGGUCCUCGUGCUGACCCAUUUGAAGACAUGCGAUACAUCUGGGGAGGAUUUUCUUACCUUCAAGAUGUUGUUGAACAGGCUAUAAUCAGAGUACAGACUGGGGUAGAGAAGAGGACUGGCAUCUAUGUUCAACAGAUGCCCUACCCUUGCUAUGUAGAUGACAUAUUCCUAAGGGUUAUGAGCCGAUCAAUGCCAUUAUUUAUGACCUUAGCAUGGAUAUAUUCUGUCGCUGUAAUCAUCAAAGGCAUUGUCUAUGAAAAAGAGGCUCGUCUCAAAGAGACCAUGAGGAUUAUGGGAUUGGACAAUGGCAUCCUGUGGCUGAGUUGGUUUAUCAGCAGUCUGAUCCCCCUUCUUAUGAGUGCUGCACUCUUGGUGUUGAUUCUGAAGACAGGAAACCUACUACCUUACAGUGAUCCCAGCGUAGUGUUUGUUUUCUUGUCUGUCUUUGCGGUGGUGACCAUCUCUCAAUGUUUCCUGAUCAGCACAAUAUUCUCCAGAGCCAAUUUAGCAGCAGCCUGUGGCGGAAUUAUCUAUUUUACACUAUACCUUCCUUAUGUCCUGUGUGUUGCUUGGCAAGACUAUGUUGGCUACACGCUAAAGAUUUUUGCUAGUUUUCUGUCCCCAGUUGCUUUUGGGUUUGGCUGUGAGGUCUUUGCACUGCUUGAAGAGCAAGGCGUUGGUGUGCAAUGGGAUAACCUCUUAGAAAGUCCAUUAGAGGAAAACGGGUAUAACAUCACUACUUCAGGCUUCAUGAUGCUCUUUGACACCCUUUUGUAUGGAAUUAUGACCUGGUACAUUGAAGCAGUCUUUCCAGGCCAGUAUGGCAUCCCCAGGCCAUGGUACUUCCCAUUCACAAAAUCCUACUGGUGUGGUGAGGAAUGCAAAGAAUACAAUCAACCACAUACUGUUCAAAAAGGAUCAUCAGAGGUCUGCAUGGAAGAAGAACCCAGUCACCUUCCUCUUGGGGUUUCUAUUCAGAACCUAGUGAAGAUUUAUCGUAAUGGCAAAAAAGUGGCUGUAGAUGGUCUGACACUGAAUUUCUAUGAAGGGCAAAUCACUUCCUUCCUUGGACACAAUGGUGCUGGAAAAACGACUACAAUGUCCAUAUUAACUGGCCUUUUCCCACCAACAACUGGUACAGCCUAUAUUAUGAAAAAGGACAUCCGAACUGAGCUCAAUUCAAUCAGGCAGAACCUUGGAGUGUGUCCCCAGCAUAAUGUGCUAUUUGAUGCGCUUACUGUCGAGGAGCACAUCUGGUUUUAUGCACGCCUGAAAGGGCUUUCAGAAGAAAAGGUGAAGGCAGAGAUGGAACAGAUGGUUAAUGAUGUGGGGCUCCCUCAUAAAAAGAAGUACAAAACAAGUCAGCUGUCAGGAGGCAUGCAGAGAAAACUUUCCGUGGCCUUGGCCUUUGUUGGUGGAUCAAAGGUUGUCAUUCUGGAUGAGCCCACAGCUGGAGUUGAUCCAUAUUCUCGCCGGGGCAUCUGGGAGCUGCUUAUCAAAUACAGACAAGGAAGAACUAUUAUCCUAUCAACCCAUCAUAUGGAUGAAGCAGACAUCCUUGGAGACCGGAUUGCUAUUAUUUCCCACGGAAAGCUGUGCUGUGUGGGAUCCUCGCUUUUCCUGAAAAACCAACUGGGAACUGGAUACUACCUUACUUUGGUCAAGAGAGACAACGACUCAUCUCUGAGCUCCUGUAGGAACAGUAGCAGCACUAUGUCGUAUCUGAAAAAGGAAAGCAGCAAGCAAACUGCUUGCAAACAGCACCCGAGUCCGAUGAUAGCAGCACCAUCAGCAUCUGGGACCACAGCAGCGGUGAUUACUAAACAUAGCAAACAUACGGCGGGCCAGAAGAAAGAAGCCAAAGAUAGGGAGGACAGUGUUUCUCAGAGUAGUUCUGAUGCUGGCUUGGGUAGUGACCAUGAAAGUGACACAAUGACAAUAGGUCUCACAGAUGUAUCGGCUAUUUCAAAUCUUAUCAAUAAGCAUGUACCGGAAGCAAGACUUGUAGAGGACAUUGGACAUGAGCUGACAUAUGUGUUACCCUAUGAAGCAGCCAAAGAAGGAGCCUUUGUGGAACUCUUCCAUGAAAUAGAUGACCGUCUUUCUGACCUGGGCAUUUCCAGCUAUGGAAUUGCUGACACCACACUGGAGGAGAUUUUCCUUAAAGUGGCUGAUGAUACUGGAGUAGACGCAGAGACAUCAGAUGGAACACUACCUGCUAGAAGGAAGAGAUAUGCGUUUGGUGACCAUCAAAGCUGCCUUAGACCAUUCACUGAAGAUGAUGCUUUUGACACUAAUGAUUCUGACAUGGAUCCAGAGUCACGUGAGACAGAUUAUUUAAGUGGAAUUGAUGGCAAAGGAUCCUACCAACUAAAAAGCUGGAACCUAAUGAGGCAACAGUUCACGGCCUUGCUCUGGAAAAGAUUACUGUAUGCAAAGCGCAGCAGAAAAGGCUUUUUUGCACAGAUUGUCCUUCCAGCAGUGUUUGUUCUCAUCGCUUUGGUGUUUAGUCUUAUUGUGCCCCCUUUUGGCAAAUAUCCCAGCCUUGAAUUAGAGCCCUGGAUGUAUGAUGAACAAUAUACUUUUUUCAGCAAUGAUGCACCGGACGACCAAGGAACUCAAGCUCUCUUAAAGGCCCUGAUUGAUAAACCUGGCUUUGGAACAGCUUGUAUGGAAGGACACUCAGUUAUGAAAGUCUCAUGCUCGGGUGAAGAGGAAGAAUGGAGCACUCAGUUUGUAUCACAGUCAGUCAUGGAUCUUUUUCUGAAUGGCAACUGGACCAUGGAGAAUCCAUCACCAUCCUGUGAAUGCAGCAGUGAUAAAAGAAAGAAGAUGCUUCCUAUUUGUCCACCAGGGGCAGGAGGUUUACCCCCAUUUCAGAGGAGACAAAACACUUCAGAUAUUCUGCAAAAUCUAACAGGACGAAAUAUAUCGGAUUAUCUUGUAAAAACGUACUCACAGAUCAUCGAAAAGAGCUUGAAGAACAAGAUCUGGGUUAAUGAAUUCAGGUAUGGAGGUUUCUCUCUAGGUGCAAGCAAUUCACCAGCAUUGCCGCCCAAUGAAGAAGUUGUGGCAUCCAUUAAUCACAUAAAGAAACGCCUUGAGCUACCACAGAAUGGAGCAGCCAAUCGCUUUCUUGACAGUUUUGGGGCUUUCAUGAAAGGACUGGACACAAAAGAUAAUGUUAAGGUGUGGUUCAAUAAUAAAGGCUGGCAUGCAGUUGGUGCAUUCCUUAACGUGAUGAAUAAUGCCAUAUUACGAUCAAAACUGCGGGAGGGAGAAGAUCCAGCCUCAUAUGGCAUUACUGCUUUCAACCACCCUCUGAAUCUUACCAAGGAGCAGCUUUCUGAAGUUGCGCUGAUGACCACAUCGGUUGACGUCUUGGUUUCCAUCUGUGUGAUAUUUGCGAUGUCUUUCGUGCCAGCUAGCUUUGUGGUUUUCCUGAUCCAGGAGAGAGUCAGCAAGGCAAAGCACAUGCAGUGCAUCAGUGGAGUGAAACCAGUUAUCUAUUGGUUGGCCAACUUUGUCUGGGAUAUGUGUAACUAUGUGGUCCCAGCUACCCUGGUCAUCAUAAUAUUCAUCUGUUUCCAGCAGGACUCUUAUGUCUCUUCCUCUAACUUACCUGUCUUGGCACUUCUUCUCCUUUUGUAUGGGUGGUCCAUAACUCCUCUCAUGUACCCAGCUUCUUUCAUUUUCAAGAUCCCCAGCACAGCCUAUGUAGUGCUGACCAGUGUCAAUCUUUUUAUUGGGAUCAAUGGCAGUGUGGCCACUUUUGUGCUUGAACUCUUUACCAACAAUAAACUUAGCAACAUAAAUGAGAUACUAAAGUCUGUGCUCCUGAUCUUUCCUCACUUCUGUCUGGGUAGAGGACUUAUUGAUAUGGUGAAAAAUCAGGCCAUGGCUGAUGCUCUUGAGAGAUUUGGAGAGAAUCGCUUUGUUUCCCCCAUGUCUUGGGAUUUGGUUGGGAGGAACUUAUUUGCAAUGGCUGUGGAGGGUGUUGUGUUUUUUGCUAUCACCCUAAUGAUCCAGUAUCGGUUUUUCAUCAAACCAAGGCCUGUAAAUGCAAAGCUUCCUCCUGUGGUUGAUGAAGAUGAGGAUGUAGCAAGGGAGCGUCAGAGAAUAAAUGAAGGGGGACGGAAUGAUAUACUGGAACUCAAAGGGCUUACUAAGAUCUAUAGAAUGAAGAGAAAGCCAGCUGUGGAUAGGCUUUGUGUUGGAAUCCCACCAGGAGAGUGCUUUGGUCUGCUUGGGGUGAAUGGUGCUGGAAAGACAACUACAUUUAAGAUGUUGACUGGAGAUACUGAUGUGACAGCUGGGGAAGCUUUCCUAAAAAACCAUAGUAUCCUGAGAAAUAUACAUGAAGUUCACCAGAACAUGGGCUACUGUCCACAGUUUGAUGCCAUUAACGAGCUCCUGACUGGAAGGGAACAUCUGGAACUUUAUGCCUUGUUGCGCGGAGUUCCAGAGAAAGAGGUUUGCAAGGUUGCUGAAUGGGCCAUACGUAAACUGGGCCUAGUGAAAUACUCAGAAAAACAUGCAGGCAACUACAGUGGGGGAAACAAACGCAAACUCUCUACAGCUAUUGCCUUAAUUGGAGGACCGCCAGUGGUAUUUUUGGAUGAGCCAACAACAGGCAUGGAUCCGAAAGCACGGCGCUUCCUGUGGAACUGUGCUCUUAGUGUCAUUAAAGAAGGGAGAUCUGUAGUGCUAACCUCACAUAGCAUGGAGGAGUGUGAAGCACUGUGCACAAGAAUGGCCAUAAUGGUUAAUGGGAGAUUCAAGUGUCUUGGAAGUGUCCAGCAUCUGAAAAACAGGUUUGGAGAUGGGUAUACCAUCAUUGUCCGUAUAGCAGGUUCUAACCCUGAUCUUAAGCCUGUUGAAGAGUUUUUCAGCCAUGCCUUCCCUGGCAGUGUACUAAAGGAAAAGCACCGGAGUAUGCUCCAGUACCAGCUCCGCUCCUCACAGUCUUCCUUGGCCAGGAUAUUCAGCAUCCUCUCCAAGAACAAAAAAAGACUUCACAUUGAAGAUUAUUCUGUAUCUCAGACGACUCUUGACCAAGUAUUUGUUAACUUUGCCAAGGACCAAAGUGAUGACGAUCAAAAGGACCUGUCAUUACACAAAAACCAGACUGUUGUAGAUGUUGCCCUUCUAACAUCUUUCCUGCAAGACGAAAAAAUGAAGGAAAGCUACGUGUGAAGAGCCAAAUAAGAGUAGCACGAAAGGAUUUAAGUUGAAAGACUCCCUUGGCUGUGAAAGGGACAUUUAUGCCAGGAAGUCUAUUCCAGGACCUGCUCGAAGAGGCAUUGUAUACUGGGCAACAGUGCUAUCACUCAAUGCAAUGCAAAUCAAUGCAAAGACAGAGAUUAUUCCAUUACAGAGGCCGUGCCUCUUGUACUGCCUUGUUGUACUGUACUCAAGUAGAAGACUUGAACGUAGAGGCCAGCAUUAGGAUGUGAAACUAUAGUGCUCUACCCCACUGAACCUUGACCUAAGUGGGUACAAAACACAUGCUAGUACAUGCAAUUUCAGUUUUGUAUUUUACCAUAUUAUUUUACUAAAUUAACCUGAACCACCCUACACUGAAAAAUCAUCACUAGAGACUUUUUAUUGUUCUCUUUAGAGUAUGAGGCAUAUAUAUCCAAACUCAGUCUGCUCCAAGGUUAAGGACUAGUGUUGCCAGUCUGAUGAUCUUCUCUGAGGUUGUUCAGAUUAAUUUAUUCAUCUUGCCUCCUUCUGGCUAUCUCAGGUACACAGUCAGUAUGUGUCUAGUGGUUCUGAGUCAGGUAUCUUAGAAAUAUGAUAUGAAUAGCAAUAAAGAUGUAUUGGUUGGUCUCCAAAACCACUCUAAUGCUUGCAGUGUAGCUGUGAAAGUCAGAAGCUUCCAAAUUGCACUGGCCACAGUUCUUUUUCUUACAAGAAAAAUAAUUUGUUCUGGUUUUCUACUGUUUGACGUUAAAGUCCUCUUUUCUAAAAUAGUUAUUUUUAGUAUCAUUGUUACAGUUGUCCUGUGGUCGUAUGUGCAACAUUUUAUAAACUCAUCUUAGUAUUUUGGUUGUUUUUUUUUUUUUAAUAACCUAGCAUUUUUUUCUUUUUUUUUUGCCUCAUUUGUUUUGGGUUAGUUUGCAGCAGAUCCUAUAAUCAUCGUGCUGUUGCUGGAAUCUGCCUGUGCUCUGGCUGGAAAGAGAUUCAUAGUUUAUUUAUAGAAGUUCAAGCACUCCUCUCCCGGCCUCGGGUGACUGCAGUGCGGUGACAGCAUAAAGCACAUACAGUAAAGGCAUUUUCACUGUUAAACAAUACAUAUAUGGUCCUGCUGUACACUAAUGGAUAUCCAAAAAACAUCCUGUUUUCCUUUUUGUUAUUUUCAUAGUUUUGUUUACCUCUGGCCAUAAUGCUGUUGACUACAGUAGUUGUGUUAACCAUUGUCCAUAUGCGUUGUUACAAUAUUUUCAUUUUGUGACAUGUUACUUUUGUGUUCCAUUUUAUGAAGCGCAGAGUAUUGUAUUUUGUGCAGUAUCGCUGCAUGCUUUCUCCUUAGCACAAGAGUCCAACAAAUAUGGUCAUCCUUCAUGCCAAUAUAUGCAAGAAGACACAUACAGUACCACACUGUUUAGUCUUUAGUUAAGGCUAAGGCUGCUUAUGUUUUUCCUUUGUUUGUCAGAUGUCUAUAUCGGUGCUGCUCCCCAAUAUUGCAUUGGUGGUUACACAGUUAAUUUUGCACUUUUUGGUUACCCAGAGAGAGCUCAUCAUUUAAAACUAACAGAAUCGUCACUUAAACAUUUGCCACCUCCAACAAGCAAUUAUUCUCUUCUACUUCAUUAAGAGGCCAGUGACAGCAAAGCUUAAUGAGUCUAUUCGGUUGCAAAAAGGGAAAAAAAAAAAAACUAAAAACAUCAAUUAAAAUAUAAGUAGAGUAAACCAGCCAGUGCUUGCCUUCCUGUGUAGGGAAAAUACAAGAUUCUGCUUUUUGACAGAAAUUGUAACGUGAAGGAUAAAGCUGAAAUCCUUAAUGUCUGUGGCUGCAACUGCAGAUCUAUUCAAGCUAGCUGCCAAUGAUUUCAGUACAAGCUAAUGGCUGGAGGAUAGUUAUAGGAUUAUUAGGAUGCAAUCAAAAGCACUCUAGAUUAAUAAAUGUGUGCAUCAUUUGUGUGAACUUUUGUCACAUGGUUCCUCAAGAAAAGAGAAGCUUUCUGAGACCGGUGACAAUCAUCGGAAAGUUGCAGCUGGCUGCAAAUUUUCUGAACUGAAGCAGUCCCAGGUGGCUGCAUCAACCACAACGUUUUGGGGUUAUGUUUUGUAUUUAAAUAAUAUAAGCUUAUCAACCCUAGUAGUUAUGCUAGUGUUUUGCUAGUGCUUCCCAGUGUUUUGGGUGUGGAAUAGUUAUUGCAUGUCUGAUGCAAGUUUGUUCUUAAAGGAGAACUGUAACAAAUUACUAGUGUAUCCUAGGCAGUUAUUUAAAAAAAGCAAUGUGUUGUGGCUUGAGCAGCCAUAUUACUAUUAAACCGUUCUUUCCAACCUAACUCUGUGCAGAACAAAUCAUAGCCACAGGCCAAACACAUAUUUUUCACAUGACAGUGCUGGUGAGCUCAUGCUCUUGUUUGACAACACCAGCUAUCAAUUAUUAUCAAUUAUUCUCAAUUAUUAUCAACAAGGUAUCAUUAUUGAUUAAGCAAUGGAGGCAGUGGCAAAACAAGACUCAAUUUUUCUUCAGUGACGAAUAACUUGUGCCUCAUUAAAUUACUCUUCUGGGUAAACAAUCUCAGGUAGUGAUACCUCCACCAGUUUUUAAGAGGGCAUCUUUUUUUUUUUUUACAUACUGUGUGACCCUUACACCAGUGUUUGUGCCACACUUCUCAUCCCAAUUACUCUGGUAGUUUCCAGUUUUAUAAUGCGCCAUUAUACAGUGUUGUCUUGCUCAAUACAGAACUCAGGACUCACAUUUUGGACAGCUGUCCUCAUCAAAAUCUAAGAAAGUUACCUUGCAGUUGACACCACUAUUAGCAAUGAUCUAUUAACCACUUUCUCAUGGCGGUACCCAGCCAAAUAACACGUGCGCCACAAUGCCUUCAAGCUCUUACGUGAUAGUGGCAUGGAAGCUUUACAGAUGGUUGUUGUAACUGUUCCUAAUAGACAUGACAUUUCUCCCAUAUGAUGUGAUGUUUUUAGCAUUGUAUUUCAUUAUGGUCGGUCCUCCAUUCCAAGCACUUUACACUGUUUUUUAUGCGAUCUGUUUUUUUGCACUGGAAUAACCAUUGACAUUGCAAAAACUAGACAGAAAAAAAUAAAACUAUAUAUAGGUUUCACAAUAGAUUUCUAAGUUAAAUUCUUAUGUUUAAAUAUCCGUGUCUUAAAAAAAAAAAAAAAAAAAAUAGUAUUGUCAACUGUAAAAGUAUUACAAAUGUAUAGAACUUGAUCUAUGUUAAUUGCCUUGUAUUAUAUCAUACAAAUAAAAUUUGUAAAACCAAA